AGGAUUGCAAGAAGUUUUGUUUGAAGAAUCUGCUGCAUGCAGUCGUGGCGCGCAGUAGACUUGUAGUAUGGUUGCAUUACUAUAAAUGUACAUAAUUUCUCAAGAUCAUGCAAUAUCCGUCCACAACCAAAAUCUUCAAUAUCACAUUUUCAAAAUAAAGAUUAAAAAAAUAAAAAUAUGGUGGAUCUCCAGUUCUCAACUCUCCUCUUCCUCUCCAUCUCCAUGGCAUUCCCACUCAUUCUGAUCUUCCUCCUCAAAAACCCUAACCCUAACUCCGCCGCAAAAACCUACCCGGUGGUGGGGUCCAUCCUGACCAUAUGGAAGAACAAGGAGCGGCGCGUGCAGUGGAUCUCCGACAUGAUCAUCUCCACGCCGACGCUCACCUUCACGCUCCACCGGCCCCUUGGUUACCGGCAGAUGUUCACGGCCAACGCCGCCAAUGUCCAGCACAUCCUCAAAAACCACUUCUACAACUACCCCAAGGGCGCCACCUUCCGCACCAUCCUCUCCGACUUCCUCGGCGACGGCAUCUUCAACGCCGACGGCGACACCUGGAAAUUCCAGCGCCAGCUCGCCAGCCACCAGUUCAACACCAGGUCCCUCCGCAAAUUCGUCGAGACCGUCGUCGACAGCGAAUUAUCCGACCGACUGGUCCCCACCCUCGCAAUCGCCGCCUCCAGCGCCGCCGCCGUUGAUUUGCAGGACAUUCUCCAGAGGUUCGCGUUCGACAACAUUUGCCGGAUCGCCUUCGGGUACGAUCCGGCGUACCUGCUGCCGUCGUUGCCGGAGGUGGAAUUCGCGGUGGUGUUCGACGAGGCGCUCCACCUCAUCAGCGAGAGGUUCAAUUCCAACAUUCCUUUCCUGUGGAAGAUGAAGCGCGCCCUAGGCGUCGGGAAGGAGAAGCAGCUGAGGGAGAAGGUCGGCGAGAUCCGCGAAUUCGCCAAGAGGAUCACGAGGGAGAAGAAGGAGGAGCUGCGGCGGAAAUCGUCGCUGGAAUCGGAGGAUCUCCUGUCGAGAUUCCUGAGCUCCGGCAACUCCGACGAGGACUUUGUGACCGACGUGGUGGUCUGCUUCAUCCUGGCCGGAAGAGACACGACGUCGGCGGCGCUGACGUGGUUCUUCUGGCUGCUGUCGAGCCACCCGGAGGUUGAGGAGGAGAUACUCCGAGAGAUAAAGCAGGGGAGGGAGUCCGACGACGGCGGCAGCUACGACGAGGUGAAGAGCAUGGUGUACACACACGCGGCGCUCUGCGAGGCCAUGAGGCUGUAUCCGCCGGUGCCGGUCAGUACCAAAUCGGCCUCAUGCGACGACGUUUUACCCGACGGCACGGUGGUCAAGAAGGGGACGAGGAUAAGCUACCACCCCUACGCCAUGGGGCGGGUGGAGAAGGUGUGGGGCCCCGAUUGGGCGGAGUUUCGCCCCCUGCGGUGGCUCGAGCAUGCCGGCGGCAAGUGGAGCUUCGUCGGCCGGGAUCCCUACACUUAUCCGGUGUUUCAGGCGGGGCCCAGGAUUUGCCUGGGGAAGGAUAUGGCGUUCCUGCAGAUGAAGAGGGUGGCUGCCGGAAUCCUGCGGCGGUUCAGGGUGCUGCCGGCGGAGGAAAGCGUGGCGCCGGUGUAUGUCUCGGAUUUUACUUCGAAGAUGAAAGGGGGGUUCAUGGUGAGGAUUCAAGAGAGGGGUGAGCCUUGACAUUAAUUAUUACUAUGAUAUGAGAUCGAGUAGGUGAAGUACAUCAUAAUUAAUUAAUAGAUUCUACAACUACUUUAUUCGUCUAUAUAUAUAUAUAUAAUUAUUGAAGCAAAAUACAUAUGUUGUAAGUUGUAACCAUCUAUAUAUGUAUCUUUAUAUAUAUUUUUAUGUUUCUAUUGAGUUACAUGGCACUUCAUUUAUCAA